AUGAUACGUCCACAAAAAAUUCCCGUACGGUCUGGUUUUAAUCAAUCAGUAAAUGACAUAAAUCAAUCAUCGACAAAUGUUACAGAUAUAACAUCAUAUAUAGGAAAAAUUCUAACUAUAAAUCAUCAUCAAGUUAUUGUUGAAGAUAUUCUUGGACAAGGUGGUUUUGCAUUUGUUUUUCUUGUACGUUCAUAUAAUCAACAAAAAUAUGCACUUAAACGUAUGUAUGUUAAUAAUCAACGUGAUUUACAAAUUUGUCAACGUGAAAUAUCAUUCGUAAAAGAAUUUUCAUCACAUCCAAAUAUUGUUAAAUAUGUUGAUUCAUUUAUACAUCGUGUAUCACCAAUAAAUACACAAAAACGUUAUUAUUAUAAUGAAGGAAAUGGAAAUGAUGAUACUAAUGAUGAUGAUGAUGCUGUCUAUGAAAUACUUUUAUUAACAGAAUAUUGUUUACAUGGAGCACUAAUUACUCGUCUGAAUGAACAACGUAAUGUUGGUAUAACAUUAAAUGAACGUCAAAUUAUACGUAUAUUUGCCGAUGUAUGUAAUGCUGUGAGUGCAUGUCAUUUUCGUCGACCACAACCAAUUUUACAUCGUGAUAUUAAAUUGGAAAAUAUUCUUAUUGAUUCUCAUCAAACGCAUGUUCUCUGUGAUUUUGGUUCAGCAAUUCUGUUACCAUCUUCGACAACGAAUGAUUUUCAACAAUAUCCAAUUAAUCAAUUAACAACAAGUAUAAUUCAACAACUUGAAGAAGAAAUUCAACGUUAUACAACAUUAUCUUAUCGUGCACCGGAAAUGAUUGAUUUAUAUAGUCGAUUACCAAUUACACUUAAAGCUGAUAUUUGGGCAAUGGGUUGUCUUUUAUAUAAACUUAUGUACAAUACAAUGCCAUUUGGUGAAAGUAUAUUAGCUAUACAAAAUGGAACAUUUGUUAUACCAGAUGAUACACCACAAGUUUAUAGUCGAGAAUUAAAUUUACUGGUUCGAUAUAUGUUAGAAAUUGAUAUUAACAAAAGACCAGAUAUAUGGCAGGUUUCUUAUGCUACAUACAAAUUACUUGGUAUUGAAUGUCCAAUUCCUAAUCGAUGUCAAUCAAAAAUUCCUGAAUUCAAAACAAUUCCCAUGCCACUAACCGAAAGUGAAUCUCGUUAUCAACGAGAUAAAAAUACUUUAUCAAAAACGAAAUCUACAUCGACUAAUGUGCUUGAUGAAUCAUUAUCUUUCGGUACAGCAGUUAAUCCACGUGAACGUCCACGUGGUAUGAUAGCACCAUCAACAUCAUUAAUUAAUUUUAAUCAACCCAAUCAACAAUCAUCAGCUCUUGUUGUUCCUCCACCUCAAAUACCAAAUCCAUCACGAUCAGGUUCAGCAGCUCAAUUAAUGUUCGAUGAUGAUUUUUCAAAAAUACCCUCUCAUGCAAUCAGUUUAACAAAUAUUCCUGCUGUUACAUCAACAACAUCAGCAACAACAAAUGAACAGAUUGUAUCUCGUGCACGACCAUCACCACCAACAACAAUUUCAGCUGGAUCUGGUUUUACGUUACAACAACAAUUAUUUCCACCACCACCAUCUUCUUCUAAUAUUUAUACUCAUCGACGUAGUUCUUCUCAAACAGUAAGUCCAUCGAAUGUCCAGUCGUCUUUUCACAACGCCUCCUCCGUUGAUAUCACUAUUCCAAAUGAAGCAUCAAGUGGUGAUGAUGCUGAUUAUUCAAAAACAAAUUUAAAUCAAUUCAAAAAUCAUAAUUAUUUAACAAUGAAUUCUCAAUUUAGUUCGGAUGAUGAUCAAAUAUUAUCACCAAUGUCUGAUGAUGACAAAUCAUUUUCAUCAGAAAAUCGAAACUUGAAAAUAAAUUCUCAAAUAUCUUCAACAUCAAAAUCUAUCUAUCAUCAUCCGUCAACGGAGGAGGCGGAAAAACCUAUCCUAUUCUCGAAUUUAAAUAAUAAAAAUUCUGUUAAGCCUUUAAUUGAAUUUACAUCCAUUCAACAAGACAAAUCUAAUAGUUUUAAACCAUAUUUAAAUCAAGAAAAUAAUCUUGAUGAUAGUCCUACCAAUAAUAAUUAUAAUCAAUUUGCCAAUGAAGAUUCUAAUAGUGAAUUAAAUCGAACAACAAAAUCAUUUCAACAUUCAACAAAUAUUAAUAAUCCAUUUCUACGUGCACCAUUUCAUCAUUCACCAGCAAACAAACAAAUGUCAACUUCAUCGACAAAUAUCGAUAGAAUAGCGAAUACAAUUAAUCCAUCAUUAUUUGAUGCAAAUAGUAUUGUUAUUGGAAAAAAAUCAAGUGCUUUUGCUCCUUAUCAAAAACAAGAAAUUAAAUCGAAUAAUUUUGUUAUUGAUGCAACAAAUAAUAUUGGUACUUCAAAGGGCAAACUUUCUCAUUCUGAAUCUUUCUCUUCGGAAACAUCAUCACCUACAACAAAUGUCUUUACUAAUGCUCCAUUUAAAACAAAAUCAAAGAGUAAACAACGUUCAUUAGCUACAAAUAUUAAUUCAACGUCACCUCUUUUAUCAUCGAAUAAAAGUCCAACUGAACAAACGAAAAAUACGAUUACAGAUGCAAACAAUCAACAACGUGGUUAUUCAAAUUUAUCAUUUAACGAUGCUAUUGUCGAUGAUUAUUUCUAA